AUGUCCACAAAGAUCCACAGUUUACUCGGGAAACUGAAAGAAAAAGGUAAAUUCAAUCUUUUGAUUAAAAAAUUUAUUGAUUUUUAGGUUUUCCACAUCCAUAACAAAGCCUAGUCAAAACUAAAUAAUUCAAAAAAUUUUCAGCCAAACUGAAGAAGCCUUCAAAUUCCCAAGAACUCGAUGAAAUUGACGAUGCAGAGGCCAGUUCGUCAGUUUUUCAACAGAACUCAAUUGAUGCGCCAACGGUGAUUAGACGGUUCGAAGAGCUGUUUUCGGAGCUCUCGGCGAUGACUUACUUUAUGAGGUACUUGGAGAGGAAUGGCGCUUCGAAUUUGCUGAAGUUUUGGAUCCAUUUGGAGGGAUUUCAAAGCGCUGGAGAUUGUCAGGGUAAUAAGUGUGGAGGGGAUGGUAAAUUUAUUGGGUAAACUAUGGCAAAAAAGUGAGUUAUUGUAAAUGAUAAGUAAAAAUUUGUAAAGCAAAUCUUUGAAAAUGGUUUACGAUCUCGCAAUUUUAAAAAUGACGCAUUGAUGCAUGAUGAGAUGCCAAUUUAAAAAUAAGCGAUAGUUUGGGUCGGCGAUACUUUAGGUGGCCUCAAUUUACAAUUUUAUAUGUGUGGGUGGCCAGGAGAAGGAUUAGUUAUCAGAAGUAACAAGAUUUUCCACGUUUACGAAGAGGUUGUCAACUUUUUUGAGGCAUUUUCCAUAUAUGUAUUACUAAAACAAUACAAAGGUAUACGGGAAAUCUUACGGGGUUUGGUGUUUCGGGGGCAUUUUUGGUUGUUUCUAUUUAUUUUACAGUAGCUCAGAGUCAAGAAAACUAACGUUCAUUAGAAAAAAACCGUCAAACUAAAAGCCUUCGCCUAGUCUCCGCCGAGCCUUCGCCGACCAUCCGCCAAGCUUUCACCGGCUUUUCCAGACCCUAUAGGCACAUUUUACAAUCUUUGUUUGUGAGUGUCCACUUGUCAUGCACAUCGUGUUGAUCAAUUUUUUACUGUCGUUAACCUGGGAUGAACAAUUAUAAAAAGGCCGCGAAUUGUAAAUUUUAGGCCAUACCGCCGAAAAACGGAGCCAUGGAAAACUAUUUAUUUGUAAAAUACGUACGCUCGCCUUUUUCGAUUUUUUAUCUCCCACCAGUUGAACGCAAAUGUAUUUUUUAGAUAUUCCAAAAGAAGUUCAACUCAUUUGCCACACAUAUCUUUCUCCCGACGCCCCACAGAAACUUCAGCUGCCUUCGAGUGUUCUAAAAUCAAUUGGUAAGAAGAAUUCAUUGCGUAUUUUACCGACCAAUCUUGUUUUUGCAGACUUUCAAAAUCUCACAACUUGCAAUUGUUUUUCCAAGGCUCAGGAAUACGCAUGGGAGCAGUUGAAAAACGUUCACUUCAAAGGUUUCAUGAAAAGCCCGUACUUUAUUAUGCAUCAAGUUGAAUGUUUCAAAACUGGAUCAGUGGAGCUGAUCGACGUUUUGAGUGACCAUCGAUUACUCAGCCCGUUUGUUGAGGUGAUUUUUUCAGGUUUUGUUUUUUAUUUGUAUCCUUGGCGAAAGGGCUAUAAAAAAUUUGAGCUUUGCGGCUCUCACGGCCCGGCUUUCGGCCCAGUUGGAAGAGGGUUGAAAGCCCUUUUUUUGACAAUGUUUUAGAGGGCUGUGCUUAUAAAACACGGGCCAAAAUCGUCGGGAAUUAAAGCAGAUUUGAAAAAAGCCGCAAGGUCGUACUUGAAUUAUCUUCCGCUACGAUAAAGCGGUCGAUUUAUUACUUAUUAUUCAAGGUACUUUAUACAAGAAAAUGCCUUGUAACGAACGGUUUUUGAGGUCUCAACCGUCCAAAUUUCAAGUAAAGAUGGAAAUAUGCGGGCAUGUUUGCAAUAAUGCGCAAUAAGCGAAUAGUUUUUUAUUGUUAGACUUCUUCACUUUUUACAGAGAAUUUUGGUCUCUUAUGACAUCGUAGUGCCCAUGUAGUGUACUAAUCCGUCCGCAAAGUCGCGGGAGUGAUUUUUCGGCGUCUACACUGUGCAAAAACAAAAGUUCACUUUUCACUGUGCAAUUUCUUGCUUUUUGCACCAUCGCUCAAACCCUGACUUUAUCUGCACAGUGCAAACGCCAAAAGUCACUCCAUCGACUUUACUUAAAGGGAAUAGUAACACAAGGCGCUUUUUUGUAGCUCUGUUUGGCUUACUGCUGAAUAGAAGUUUUUUUUAAUUCAGAAAUUGCUGCUUAUAGACAUCUCUGCUGUUCACGGGUUUCUUGUAUUAGGUUGGACGGAAAGCCUUUGCCUUUUUUCUGCUGCUAUUUUUCCUUGCAUUGAUGGAAAAAGGCAAACACUAAUAUAUGGUGUUGGUAGGGGACAGGCAUCCCUAUCUGACAGUACAACCCUCAGCCAUCUUAAGCAUGUACAAGCAGAGAACUUAAUUUAGAGAUUUACCCAUCUUUGGUCUACAAGUAGAAAUGUUUGGCUGGUUUGUUUAACAAGGCCUUAUAGAAAACUGUUUUAGCACUGUUAAAAAGACUUCUUUUGAAGCUCUUAACAUGUGCUAACGCGGUCUUGGCGCGAAAAAAAUAAAUUUCAAAAUUGGAUAAAAAAUGGCAAAGACUUUCCGUCCAACCUAAUAAAUCAUUUUGCAAAAUACCCAACUUUUUUGGUAAUUUUAAAAAUUACUCUAUUAUAUUUUUUUCAGUUCCUCGAAUCCAAAAACAAACGUCAGUUGAUUGAGUUUAUCUUGGCCGUCGAAUCUUUCGACGACGAAGUAUCCGACGAAAAAGCCGAUUUACAAGAGAGCGCUAUGGUAAUCUACGACAAGUACAUAUCACUGCAAGCCACGGAUCCUUUGGAUUUUGACAGUGCCAUUAGGAUUGAUGUGGAAACAAAAAUUUGCAGUGAGGAUCGGGUACCUCAGCAUAGAGUUUUUACAAAAGCAAAGAAUGCGGCACAAGCUGUUUUAGAGACUGUAUGUUGGACUAAUUUUGAAGAAAUCGUAUUUUAAAAACUCUUUUUUUUCAGCAUUACAUCCCACUGUUUAUGAAGACGGAUCUCUAUCAUUCUUAUGUGGAUAUGUUGGGCAAAUCAGUCCAAAGAUUUAUGCAGAUGGAGGAGGAAAGAGUGGUUCAGGAGAAAGAGUUGAGGGUCAAAAGAGGUAAGGAGACAACGAGCUUUAAAAAAAGGCUAAACAGAGUUUCAAAACAUGAUUGAAGAAGGCCUAAUAACCUCUAAAAUAAAUACAAUAAAUUCUUCUUCAACAAACCCUGUAUAUAUCAGUCUGUCGGGAAAAUAAUGAGCGCAAUGUCGCUGCGCCGAUUGCGUCGCUGAAGUGAAAAAAAUCGAUUUUUUCGCGACACAAUUCUUUUUUUCAGCGAUUUUUCGAUGCGACAGAGUGGCCAGUAUUUUCCCGACAGGCUGAUAACGAGCAUUUUUAACGGCUUAGUGGGACAAUUUUAAUAAUGAAAUGAGCAAGGCAACACCUCUGCAAUGUUAUUUUUUGGUCUAUUCCUUGAACAUAAACAAUUUUUAUAAUGUCAAUUGUAAAAUACGGAUCUCCUGUUAAGCCAUUUUAAAGGCUCAACGGGGAAAUGACAAAUGCCGCAUCGGGGUGCGUAAAGUUUUUCGGUCCCGUUCUGACUUAAUUUUUUGAUUUCAUAAUUUUUUUUUGAAAAAAUAUGCGGGGUUUCCUACGAUAUUUAUAUUUUCCGAAAGCUGACUGUCUAUUCUACUGCCAUGCCAAAUUUUAGCCCUACAACGGCUAGCGAGAGUGCAUACCGCCGUUCUGCGCUUUGUCCUGUGCAUUUGAACCGGGAUCUAGCAAAUAAAAAUAAGAAAGUUUGGUGACUUUUCAAACCGCCUUUCUACGAAUUUCGCCGAAAUAUAUUGUAAAAUACGUCAUUUUGCCUAUGUCAAGAAUAAAAAUAUUUUUCAGCUUCUCUUCCGGCAGAGCCGACGUUCUCUCGACCUCCAGACUCUCCAGCGCUUUCUCUGGACAAUUCCAAGGCGAAGUUGACUGGUCAAUUCUCUGCUCUGUCCACGCCUUCUCGGCACGACUCUAAUCACCGUUUCAAACACCGAUCGACAAGUACGUCAUCGACUUUGGGCGAUGACGAAAGCAGUUCGCAAUGUAGCGAUGGAUCGAUAAGCAAGAGAAAUCCGUAGGUUUAAAAUACGCUUAUGCAAGAAAGCGUUCACAUUUGGGGAUAAAAAUUAAGAGCUGGAAAUUCAACAUCUUUAAAAAAUCAAAUAAAUUUUGUUAAAAAAUAUUAUGCGACCAAAAGGACUGCAUUUGAAUCUCGCUUUUACUGCUUGAAAGACGAAAUGUCACAGAAUUUUUUGUUCUCCCACGUUCUUGAAACGAUGUAUAAAUAAUUUUAAUGUGGUUUGGAAUAUAUUUUACAUGUCAAUUUAAUCAUUUUAAACUAUUGCCAAUCCCUUGUUACGAGUAGAAACAGCAAAAUUCCUGUGACAUUUUGUCUUCUAAGCCGUAGGAUCGUGAUUUAAAAGUGGUUGUCUUGGCUUUUUAAAUUGCUUUUUUGAUUUUAUGGUUCAUUUUGGCCCAAAAUUGUCUUUAGCUGUCUCAAAAAUUUUAUGUACAGGUUUCGUUGUACGGGAGUUUGUUUUACGAAGGUUCCACUGUAUUUUCACAUUUUUUUUUGAAAACGGAGUACAUAGGACCACGCGUAUUUUACCCAUAAAAAAAUCGAAUUUUUGAAUUUCAGGAGCGCUCUUGGCCGGAUCGAUCCCCUCGGCCGUUACGAAAGCCUCUUUGACACUUCAUUGUACCACUUGGAGGAGCCUCCAAAGAAUGGAUUUCGCGGUGUUCUGAAUAAAUAUCUGAAACAAUCGAUGGCCCAGGAAGACGAGAAGUCGUACGAAAUGGCCAGAUUGAUUGUUGAGGAUAUUCGAAAUAUGGUGAUGAGUCAAGAAAACGUUCAUUCAUUGCCGGCCACACCUAAAAAGGCGAACAUGAGCGGGUAG